GAUCGUGAUUGGCCGAGAGGAGAGAUGAUGCUCUGCUUCCUGCUCUAUAUAAACUCCCUGUUCCCUCACUGCAGACACACUGCUGAUAAAUUUCACCUAGAGAUCACACUGCACAAUGGAUAUUUAUUUCCCUUCUGGCUUUCCUAUGUGUAGAGGAAUAACAGGGCUCUCCAACAAUUGCCUAGAAAGGGCCAAAAGAUUAAAGGCAUGCGUGGGUGGAUUUCUGCAGAGACAAGACUUGAGCAGCCUAUGCAAAUAUAGAAAACCAAGGUUGACCUUGGAGGAAUGUCUGAUGUGGAAACAGUCUUUUGAGAAGCUUCUGUCCAGCAAACAUGGACUAUAUGCCUUCAGAGCUUUCCUGGUAUCUGAGUUUAGUGAAGAAAACAUUGCUUUCUACCUGGCCUGUGAGGACUUCAAAAGCACAAAGUCUCCAGCUAAGAUGCCAUCCAAAGCCAAGAGGAUCUACGAGGAGUUUAUCGGAAGUGAAGCUCCUAGAGAGGUUAACAUCGAUUAUGAGACCCGAGACAUUACUCAAGCCAACUUGAAAAGCCCUACGGCAUCCUGCUUCGAUAUGGCCCAGUACCGCAUCUACAUUCUCAUGGAAAAGGACUGUUACCCACGGUUCCUGCGCUCCGCUGCCUACCGAAGUCUAGUCAACCAGCUCACAGUGAAGAGUGCUAAGGCAAAAAGCAAAAAGGCCAUUGCGGCCAGACCACCAAUUGAAGAUGAAGAACCAAAAUGAAAAACGUAGGUGCAUUUUGGUUUUGCAAAAGAUGGAAGCUCGGGCAAGAAGUGGAAGGGACCGGUGCAGACCCUAAAAAGGCUGCUUGAGGCGGUCGGAGUGCCAUGAAGAGAUGAAGAGAACCGCAUAACGGAAUCAGAGUGACUGCAUUCCCAGAUCCCCUUAAUAUUGUCCAUGAGAGGGAACAGCAGAGCUGAGAUGCAUCUGCACAAACACCUGUACUCAACACAAAGGAGAUGCAGACUUUACUGAAGAAUGCGUGGGCUUAAAAGCACAUAGCAUACUUUCAAAAAGCAAAUGAUGUGUUUUGUAAAGUUUAUAAAAUGGAGAAAAGUGUUUGGAUAUUUAAUGCAUUAAUUUAUUUAAUUUAUUUAUCAUUUUUUUAAACAAAUAACCCCUUACAAAAAGUAUUGUGAUGGUACCAUGAUAAAGUGGUGGUGUAAAAUAAACAAAUAAAAUAAUAUUACCAAAAUCAUCCUGAAAAAGAAUGGUUUUAAAAUUGAACAAUAAAAAAAAAAAAAAAAGACACUGACAAUCUGUCUGGACUGCUAUAAAGCUCAAAAAUGUUGAAAGUUGGUGCACUGGUAUUUAUUUUAAUGUUUUUUUUAAAUGUUUUUGUUAACUCAAUUUUAAAUGAAAGUGAAUACAAUUUUGUAUUAAAGUGAUAAUGUGCUUUCA